AAUCCGAGAGGAAAAGGCAGAGAGAGUCGACGAAUGGGAGAUCUCUGCUGUGUGGUGGACUGUUAAUACACCCAAUGGCCUGAGUGGUAGUAACAGUGUGUCCGUGGUGCGGCUGUGAACACACUGGAUGGGACGGGACAGCUCUGUGUGGGGGACGCAGGCGACAGCGGCUGGUACCGUCGCGAACAAAUCCCGGAGGGACAAAUACGUACUCUGGAGAAAUCUCUAAGGCUCCACGACCCCUCCUCCCGCUCUGUCGAGAUUUAACAGAAUGAAAUAACCAAGCCGAGUUUGAACACGUCGCGUUUGAGGUAACCACAGGAUCUGAACGCUGGGAGAUAUCCACACACGGAGGGAGAGAGAGAGAGAGAGAGGGCCAUGCACACACUCUCAGCCGCUUUGUAACCACCAUCGUCGCUGCUGUGUGUGUGUUUUCGGUGUCUCCUCCUCUUCCUCUGAGCAUGGACUGACCAUCAUCUCUCUCUGGAUGAUUUGAUGGGGCUGCUCAGAGUCAUGAUGCCGCCCAAGUUGCAGCUUCUGGCGCUGCUGGCGUUCGCAGUGGCCAUGUUCUUCCUGGAGAACCAGAUCCAGAAGCUGGAGGAGUCCCGGGGAAAGCUCGAACGAGCCAUCGCCAGACACGAGGUACGAGAGAUCGAGCAGAGGCACACGCAAGACAGCCUGCGGGAGCGGGACUCAGCCGCAGCGCUGUCCGACAGCGAGGAUGACGUGGUCAUCAUCUACAACCGGGUGCCCAAGACAGCCAGCACUUCCUUCACCAACAUCGCCUACGACCUGUGCGGGAAGAACCACUACCACGUCCUGCACAUCAACACCACCAAGAACAACCCGGUCAUGUCCCUCCAGGACCAGGUCAGGGGACCUGCGUUUCCUCCAUCUUCCUACACCUGAUCAUCUUUUUUUCUGAAAUGAGUAAUUCUCCUCAGGUUCGGGGUGAAGAAGAAGCCCAUCUACAUAAAUGUGAUUAGGGACCCAAUUGAAAGGCUGGUGUCCUAUUAUUACUUUUUACGUUUCGGGGACGACUACAGGCCCGGCUUGAGACGCAGAAAGCAAGGAGACAAGAAGACGUUCGAUGAAUGUGUAUCAGCUGGUGGCUCGGACUGCGCUCCCGAGAAGCUCUGGCUCCAGAUUCCCUUUUUCUGUGGUCACUACUCCGAAUGCUGGAACGUGGGCAGUCAGUGGGCUCUGGAGCAGGCAAAGUACAACCUGGUGAAUGAGUACUUGUUGGUCGGUAAGAAAUCCCACCUAAGGAAGACCAGCGAGAAGAAGCCGCCCACAAAGGAGUCGAUUGCCAAGCUGCAGCAGUCCACCAUCUGGAAGAUGGAGAACGACUUCUAUGAAUUUGCCCUGGAGCAGUUCCAGUUCGUCAGGGCGCAUGCUGUCCGGGAAAAGGACGGGGAACUCUACCUGCUGGCCCAAAAUUUCUUCUAUGAAAAAAUCUACCCCAAAAACUAG